AACAUAGCCAAAAGUGAAUGACUUCACUGCCGCGGAUUUAACGUUAUAAACAUAUCAGUCUCAGUCAAGAGUGGAAUAACGGUAUCUCUGAUAAUCAUGCAGCCGCUCUCAGGCAAAUACAUGAAAAUCACAGUAUUGUACGGAAGUACAAGCUGUCCAUAAAGAAAACAAGAUGGCAUCACGGCCGGUAGGAGGUGAUCAAGAAAAUACCAAAGACCAGAUACUAGAAUUAGGAGCUGUUUUGUUGAAAGAUUUCAUCUAUGAGCGAGUUCAGCGGCAUGGAGACAGCAAUACUUUAGUGACCAGGGCACAGCUGGGUGGAGGGGAGCUGUGUGACCCAAACCACAUGAAGCUUGCCCAGUGCCUGCAGCAGAUUGGAGAUGAGCUGGAUGCAAAUGUAGAGCUCCAAAGGAUGAUAAAUGACUCUUCACUUAGUCCCACAAAGGAUAUGUUUAUGAAAGUUGCCUUCGAGAUCUUCUCAGAUGGAAAAUUCAACUGGGGCAGGGUGGUUGCACUGUUCUACUUUGCCUGUCGGCUUGUCAUCAAAGCUCUUGUGAACAAAGUUCCUGAUAUCAUCCGAACUAUUAUCAGCUGGACCAUGGACUACCUCCGGGAACAUGUGAUCAACUGGAUCAGGGAGCAAGGUGGCUGGGAGGGUAUUCGUUCCUACUUUGGCACACCUACAUGGCAGACAGUGGGGGUUUUCUUGGCUGGUGUUCUCACCACUGUUCUAGUCAUUCGCAAGAUGUGAGGGGUAUGCAAAGAGCUGACAGGAGAAAGACAGGAGGAUCUACAACUGAGGAAAAUGGGAACAUGAAAGAAUUUAUGAAGGACAACAGAAGUAAUAGCACAGUGAACAGGUUGAACAGGACACAAAAGAACCACUCUCUUUCUGCCUCAUGUCUAAGGAUUGGGAGUCCACUUGAGUGUGUACGGUCAUACCCAUGAUCCCUUUGCCACUGAGGAAGUGAGCGGUGCAUGAUGACAUGCACAUAAGCAGUGGAGGAGAGGAUAUCAGACUUGAACAGGCAACAGUAAUUUAUUUUUAACUUGGUACAGAUUGAAAAAAAACCACUGCAUUGUGUUUUCUGUUUGGAAUGAAAUCUUUUGAUUAAAUUAAGAGUUUCCUCUUC